CGGUGUUUUUUUUUAGUCUUUCGUGGACUUUUUUUUCGCGCUCUACCAACGUUUCGCGUGUUUUAUUGCCGCCGCUGCCCUUUCUAUCCCGCUUUACAACAAAAAUUUUUCAAAUCCCAACAAGAAAACACUCGAGCAGCCGCUGCAAACAAAAUGUCGGAACCAGCGUCCGUCUGUCACAAGUGCAAUGAAGUCAUCGAGCAGCGCAUCAUCACGGCGCUGGGCAAGACCUGGCAUCCGGAGCACUUCGCCUGCAAGGACUGCCGCCGACCCAUCUCGGAGGCCACCUUCAACAUCCAGGCGGAGGAGCCCGUCUGCUCCGACUGCUUCGUGAAGAACUACUCGGGCACCUGCUUCGGCUGCAAGCAGCCCAUCCUGGAGCGCACCAUCAAGGCGAUGGAGCAGUCGUGGCACGAGGAGUGCUUCGUGUGCAACGGACCCUGCAAGAAACCCCUGGUGGGCACCUCCUUCUACGAGAGGGACGGCCAUCCCUACUGCCGAGCGGACUUCGAGCAGCUCUUUGCGGCAAGAUGCGCAGGAUGUGGCCUGCCGAUCACGGAGAACGCAAUUGUGGCACUCAACGCCAAGUGGCAUCGCGACUGCUUCAAGUGCAAGAAGUGCGGCACUCCCAUCACGGCCAGUUCCUUUGCCGUCGAGGACAACAAGCCGUUGUGCACUUCCUGUUCGGGCUAAGAAAUUACGUAUACGCACUCGCAUUCGUAUCCAAAGCCUACCAAUCGCUUCGAUAUCCAUGUAUAUUAUCUAUUCUUAUGGUAUUUGUAGUAAUCCAAAUUGUUGAACGCCAGUCAAGGUCGUGGAAAUGGAAAAUCGCAAUCCACUCGACGGGAGGAAAAGUUGAAAUCUUUGAUGGACAGCAAACACGAAAAGUGCAUUUGAAGUGAAGCGAAAGUGAUGGGAAUUCUUUCGGGGCAGCGGGGGAUGUUAAUGCUUAAAAUAAUUAUAAUUCUGCCUAGUUGAUAUCUAUGCUGUUUAUUCCUCUCUCACUCCCACUCACACUCACAACCCCCCACCCCCCAAAGCAGCCCACAAACCACCCGACACCAUCCUCUCGCUCUUGAAAUUCUCUUGACCGUUUUUGUGCUGCACAAAGUAUCUGAUAAAUGGUAUAUAAAUAAAAAUUAAUCUUGAAUCAUUGUUGAUAUCUCUUACAAAUAAACGAAAUACAAACAA